UGAACUCGGGUUGCGUGCGAUCCCUCACCAUUCUUUGAACACUGUGUGAGUGUUCGUUCAGUGGCCAAAGAAAAAAAGAAGAAAAAAAAAUAUAUAAAUCUAAAUACUUUCUCCAUUAAAGCUAAGCUAAAGCAAAAUUCCUUCUCAUACUUUCUCUUCAUCUCCAAAAAGCUUCUUCUUCUUCUUCAUCCAACAUUUUCCAUUUCCCUUUGCAUUCACUCUUCUUCUCCAUUUUUUUCUUCCAAUCACCACAAUGCCCAUCAAUAGUGAAUCUACGCCGCCUCCUUUGAUCGGGAAAAUUGGCCCCUAUACCGUCUUCAUGACCCCACCACCCACUCCUUCACCGACCUCUCAGCCUCAGCCGGUGUUUGAGUCUCCUAAGAAGGUCAUUCAGCCACCUCCGGUUCAGCCUCCCCCUCACCAGUUCGAUAAGUCUGUUUCUCUUGCUGCUGUGCCUAAUGGGAAUGCCUCCGUUUCUGGGUUCUUCAGAAAUGCUGUCUCUAAAGUGCAGAAUGCACAUUCAAGGUUGGAUGACCAUUUGGCACGCUGGUUCGGGUUAAAUCAAUCUAAGUACCAGUGGGCACUAGAUGAUUAUUACGAGAGCAAGGGAAUGGAAACUGGGGACAUGAAAGCAAAGGAACCGUCGAGCAAAGCUCAGAGCGUGUAACAGGUGCUAAAAUUUGCGACAUUGUGUGCAUAACCCAGCCCUUUACUAACUUCUACAUGCCAACAUGUUUGGUUUUAUUUUGAUAUCAACUUUUGCAUGCUUCAAGAAUCAAACUUCUUGCUAUGUGUUUGUAGGAUCUCUCAAUCUUUGGACUAUAGAGAAACUAUUUAUACCUAUCUAUGCAAUGGCUGAAGUGGAUCUGAUUGUUUAUACAAUGCCUGAUGAAGUGGCCAGCCAUCUUGGAAUGUGAUUCCAUUUCCGUCUACCAUAUACGAAAAUCGACAGAAUUUGGUCGUGUUGUAGUUGUAAGCCGUGUAAUGUUGUGUACCGUCGUCGUCUUCUUUUCCCCCCUCAUUGAUAUCUUUUUUGUUCUUUUGGAGCUGAACCUUUAGCUUAUGUAUUUUGAGCUACCCUUUCGGGUUAUUUGUGCCAUUAUAAUGAAGGUAAUGUUUGCUUCCA